GCUUUUUCUCUCUCUCACGAUUCCUGUUCUUUUUCUCCCACCGGCGAAGCCUUCCGCCACCGUACUUCACCCAACAGCGGAGACUCGAAGAAAGCGCGCUGCUCCUCUGCCCACUCGCCGGCGAUAGAAGCAAGUUUCGUUCGUCUUCUCUCCCUGUUCGCUACAGCAGGGGACGUAAAUCCUUCUUCUAGGUCUCCGUUCUCAUUUAGGCCAACUUACAGGCGCAUCGUCAAGUACAAAGAUGAUGAUGGAGAGGAAGAAGAGGCAGAGUAUGGGGCGGCAAAAGAUUGCGAUGAAGAGGAUAGAGAACGAGGAGGCGAGGCAGGUCUGUUUUUCAAAGAGGAGGUCGGGGCUGUUCAAGAAGGCGACGGAGCUCUCUAUACUGUGCGGGGCGGAGAUUGGAAUAGUGGUCUUCUCGCCGGCCGGCAAGCCUUUUUCGUUCGGCCACCCGUCAUUGGACUACAUAACGAGGAGGUUCCUCAGCGGCGGGACUGGGGCGGCGGCGGCGGGGCAGCUGUGUGGGAUGUUAGUCGACAGUGAAAAGUUGCAUCAUCUCAACGAAGAGCAUGCAGGGUUGCUGGAGAAGUUGGAGGAGGCAAGGAGGAGAAGGGUAGAGCUUGAGACAGAGAUUGCGGCGCAGCGGGUCGGGUCAAGCCUCCCCUGCGACAUGGAGGUGCACGAAAUGAGUGUAGAGGAGAUAGACAACUUCCAGAAGGUUCUCGAAGAGUUGAGAAGGAAUGUUGCGAGCAGACAUGAGGAGCUCCAGAUUCAGGGCAUGGAUAUGAAGAUGUUAAGGGCCGGCGUUCCGCCCCUAUUGAGCUAUGGAGGUGGAUAUUUGGGCGGGUAUAAUGGGUUCUAUUUAACGUCGCCUCCGGGCGGCGGAUAUUAUGAUCCGGGUUUUCCUGCAUGGGGAUAG